CGGAGGCCACCUCGACUUUGUGCUCGUAUCGUCCCUCUUCGACCUUCGCGAACGAACACGAGGAACCCGGACGUCGGCUAUACCAAAACAAAACGAAAACCCCUAGAGACGUGGACGCGUCUAAUAAUUACACGGGCUAACUAAACAUGCGGACAAGGGGAACGUGAGGAGUAAGAUGGUGGACAAAGAGGAAAUAACCAAAACGCCCUCGCCCGUGAACAUCAACGAGGCGAUCGAGGGAGAAGUGUUGAAUCAAAAGACUGCUAGAAUACUUAAGAACGACCUUUUGCUACACGAGGCUGUGAUAAAAAAUGAAGCGGAGACCGUUCGCAAAGUGCUCAAAGAGACCGUCGACGUCGAUUCCAGGAACAACUAUGGCCGAGCGCCGAUCCAUUGGGCAGCAUCAAGAGGAAAUACGGAGAUCAUCGAAAUGCUGAUGCAAGCGAAAUGCGACAUCGAGGCGAGGGACAAGUUUGGCAUGCGGCCGUUGCACAUGGCUGCUUGGUAUGGGCACAGAGACGCCGUGAAGAUGUUAAUCAACGCCGGAGCAAAUGUGUCUGCCGUCAACAAGAAACAAUACACUCUUUUAAUGUGUGCCGCCUGGGGCAGCAACGUCGGGGUAGUCGAGUACCUCGCGGAGGCCGUGGAAUCGUUGAACGGCGAUGCAACCGAUUGCACCGGUGCAACUGCACUCCAUCACGCGGCUAGUGCCGGUCACCCUACUGUGAUAACGGCGCUCUCCAGCAUACCUCGGCUCGAGCUAAAUGCCACCGACAAGAAAGGACAGACACCGAUACACUGCGCUUGCGCGGAGGAACAUCUGGAAGCCGUCGAGGUCCUGAUAGGACUAGGAGCGAACCUGGACGCUCUGGACAACGAAGGAAACACCCCUCUUCACGUGGCCACCAGAACGAGGCACACGGCCAUAGCUCAAUUAUUAUUAAAGGCUGGGGCAAACACCGAGCUGACCGAUCAAAUGGGUUUUACCCCCCUUCACGUCGCCGCCAGUCAGGGGUGCAAAGGGAUAUUAAAUUCGAUGAUUCAACACGGUGCAGCGCUGAAUAAGCAGUGCAAGUACGGUAACACGCCUCUGCACUUGGCCUGUCAAAACAACGAAGUAGAAACAGUCGAGAUAUUGAUUAAUAAAGGCGUCGAUCUGAACUGCUUGAAUUCGAGGCUGCAAUCGCCGAUUCACAUCGCCGCCGAGAUGGGCCACACAGACAUCUGUGAGCUGUUGCUUGCAGCAGGUGCGAAUAUCGAGCAAAGAGAACAGAGCGGCAGAACGCCAUUGUACAUCGCGGCGAGGGGCAGUUUCACGGCCAUCGUCGAUAUGAUUAUUAAAACUGCCAGACUGGAUUACCCAGCCCCGGAAGCUUCGACAUCCGAGAAGGAAAUCCGAGAUCUGACGCCGGCUAGAAGAAGAUGGCGGGAGGGAUCGAGGGGCGAAAGUAUCUCCAGCAAUAAUUGCGGACUUCCGGAACACGUUCGAUCGGUUCUGUGGAAGCUGGCGUACAAACACCUGGGGCCCGAGGAUUGGAAAAAACUGGCGCUCCAUUGGGCUUUUACGCACGAGCAAAUUCGAGCGAUCGAACAUCAAUACACUGGGCGGCUUUAUGAAAAGGACGAUAAAGCUCCUAUUGUAGGUCCUUCGAGCUACAAGGAGCACGGCUUCCGGAUGCUGAUGAUCUGGGCGUCGGGACUGAGUCCUGACAUUCCUUUAGCGAAGGAACUGUGCGACGCUUUGUCUGCGGUGGAUAAAAAGGCCGCUGCGGAAUCUGUUCGCAAGCAUUUGGAUCAAGAAAAGGAAGGCAAAACGAAGUCGAACAAACAGCGUUGUCACAAAUGCUCCAUCGCUUAA